AUGAACGGGGCAACGGCCCCUAGAACGGGAGCGGCAGAGCUGUCCUCCCUGGUGUGCAUCCUCAAAUCCGGGAUGUGGCUGCACCUCAUGUUUACGGCUGUGGGCCUGUUUCUGGUCAUCGAAGGGUGCCAUGGGGAGACUGUAGUUGUGAGGAACUCGACUCAAUUCUACACAGCUGUGAGGAACAGCUCGUUGGGUGUCAUUCGACUGAAGAAUGAUGUUGCAGUCCGAAAUUACUAUGGCUGGGAGAAAGCGCUGAAUGCGUCAGAACUGCCAGGCGCUCAAGGGAAGAGGAAGAUCACCCCUGCCAAAUCAAGGAACCUGACAGCGCAAGGCCGUCCGAUUCUUGACCUGGAUACCAGAAUCUUCAAUCGGCUGUUCUCAGGGUCCAUUGACCUCACGCUGGAAAGAUUGCACAUCAUCUUUGGCCUUCAUCUGGAGAAAGUGACGAGCGACCUCGACGUGUAUGAGAACCUCACCAUACACAGCUGCAUUUUGGAGAUCCCACGGCCCAG